UGCUGGAUGAGGCGUUGUCACUUUCUUAGGUCAUGGUAGCAUUUCCCAACUUUGUCGUUAUAUAUGCGUGCUUUGCGUUAGAUCUUCAGCGUUGGAAAAGAGUUCUUACUCUUCCGUUUGAGAUAUUGCUUGGUGUAGUAGCUAGUUUCAACAAUGGUGUGUAACACUAACAGCAGUAACAAGGAGAAAGACCUUGAGUUUUUCUUUGAGGAUGAUGUCAACGAAGGUGAACAACACGAUGUUGAAACUUCCAAGUUAGAGAGUGAGAGUAGCAGUGACGAAGAGGAAAAUGACCGUCACUCUUUCACUUCUCACCAAUGGCCUCAAAGUUACAAAGAGACUACAGAUUCUUACACACUUGCUGCAAAUCCAAAAUAUGAUUCAAUUCUACGUGGACCAAGUUUUAUAUUUUCAAGUUUUGACGGUUCAAAGAAUAACUUAGACUUAGAUGGAAAGAUUCCUUUUCUCUCUAGUCACGAACGCAUUACCCAAUCGACAUCAUGGAAGGAAGGUGCAGUGCAAAGGCAUUCAACCAACGAAUUAUCUAUUGGUCACGGAUGCAGCUUCAUUCAAACAGUUUUCAAUGCGAUUAAUGUAAUGGUUGGAGUUGGCAUUUUGUCUACACCUUAUACAUUGAAAGAAGCUGGUUGGGCGAGCAUGGUGCUGAUGGUUCUUUUUGGAGUCAUCUGUUGCUAUACAGCCACCCUUAUGAGAAACUGCUUUGAAUGUAGAGAAGGAAUCAAUAGCUACCCAGAUAUGGGAGAAGCUGCAUUUGGAAAAUAUGGUCGAAUUAUUACAUCAAUCAUUUUGUACACUGAAUUAUAUUCUUGUUGUAUAGAAAUCAUCACAUUGGAAGGAGAUAACCUCACCGGGCUAUUUCCGGGAACAUCCUUAAAUUUGGGCAGUUUUCAGUUAGACUCUGUGCACUUGUUUGGAAUUUUAGCUGCACUUAUUAUUAUCCCAACUGUUUGGCUGAAGGAUCUUCGUUUAAUCUCUUUACUGUCAGCUGGAGGGGUUUUUGCAACAUUGUUGAUUACUAUCUGUGUGUUAUGUGUUGGGACAAUAGACGGUGUUGGAUUCCAUCACACCAGUCAAUUUGUCAAUUGGAGUGGCAUUCCAUUAGCUGUUGGUAUCCAUGGAUUUUGCUUUGCAGGACAUUCAGUUUUUCCGAACAUUUACCAAUCUAUGGCUGACAAAACACAAUUUACUAAAGCAGCAAUAAUAUGUAUUGUAUUGUCUGUUGUAAUAUAUGGAGGUGUUGCAAUCAUGGGAUUUCUCAUGUUUGGUGAUGCCACUUUGUCUCAAAUAACAUUAAAUAUGCCACGAAGUGCAGUUGCUUCCAAAGUUGCAUUGUGGACAACAGUAAUUAAUCCAUUCACCAAAUAUGCUUUGUUGAUGAAUCCAUUGGCAAGGAGUCUCGAGGAAUUGCUAUCAAAUAGAAUUUCAAAUACUUAUUGGUGUUUCAUUCUUCUAAGAACAGCACUUGUUGUAUCUACGGUUUUGGCUGCUUUUCUGAUUCCUUUUUUUGGGCUUUUGAUGGCUCUAAUUGGCUCUCUCGUCAGUAUACUUGUGUCAGUGAUAUUGCCAGCUUUAUAUUUUAUGAAAAUUGUGGGGAAAAAAGCAACUUAUACACAGGUUUCAUUGAGCGUCGUAAUUAUUGCGUUUGGAGUCAUAUGUGGAAUUCUUGGAACAUAUUCAUCUGUACUGAAUAUUGUGAAGAGUUACUGAGACAUCGACGGUUACAAUUGAGUGUCAACCCAAUUAAUUACAAUUGUUUACUCAUGACAAGUAUAGCACCAUUUGAAUUUUUAUGUGACGACUAUAAGACCUUUCUUUCUCAAGAAACACGUAAUUUUAAGAUUUAAAUUUUCUACUGAAAUAUAUAUGUAUGUCCUACUAUUUUGUUACAAAAUUCUCAAUCCUUGUAGUCGGCCAUUUGUAGCUGACUUUUUUUUUUUAUUAUGUAAGAGGCUUUUUAUUACG